ACACACCGUCUCUGGGCGAACAUGGCGGCAACCUGACCACGGGAGAUGAAGACGGCGAGGGCUUGAAAAAAAAAAAAAAGGCGAAAGAACUAAAAGUACGUGUGUGACAGGCCGCGGGGCCCGACCGCCAACACUAAAGGCAGCCUCCUUCGCCAUGUUGGACGACGGUAGCGCCCUUGUCCGCGCGCGACCGAGGCCGGGGAAAACGUAAGCGCGUCGGUGAGUGUUUCUAAAAACGGAGCGGAGGCGACGCAGAGGAGCGGGGAGGCUUCACCGCGCGGCCAUGGAGGAUGCGGCCCGCGGGCGGCAGCGUCUGAUUUCCCAGCCGGCUCACUUUGAUGGGAGUCGCCGCUGAACGCGACGGCACGCCGGGACGACCCACUCCACUCUUCUCGGGGGGAGGACAACGCACUCGGCUCCCCACGUCCAUGACUGUUGCGGCAGAGGAGCCCCCACGGUGGAGUCGGCCGGUUCCCAAAAUAUGACCAGGGGUGCUGGGACGUGUUGGCAGCAAGAAGAUGACGACGGCUUCCAAAUCUGGCUAGAGCCCCCCCGCGACCACCAAAAGCCAUUCACCGACUCCGAGAGGGCGCAGAGAUGGCGACUGUCCUUGGCAUCCCUCCUGUUCCUCACCGUCCUCCUCUCUGAUCUCCUGUGGUUCUGCGCCGAGGCCACGCUGGCCCGAACCCCGGACCAGUUCGCGUCCUCCCACCUCAGCUCCCCGCAGACCCCCCCGGCGCGCGGCGGCCUCCCGGGCAGCCCGCGCGCUGCUUUUCUAGGAAACUCUACCAAACAUUUGUGGCGCCUCGAAACUUGCCCGCGCGAGCGGCGGGACAGCGCGCCCGGCGACUGCUUCGCCUUCGUGGAUGCGGACGACCUGUGCGCGGGCGUCUCCGAGCGCGAGGAGGGGACGGCGCGCGCCGCGGGCAACAUGAGCGACCUGCGCCUGGCCUUCUGUGACUCCUACUCCCUGCUGGACCUGUUCCGCGGCUCCACGAGCCCGGACAACCUGAACUGCAGCCUGGACGCGCUCGCGCGGGGCGACGCCGCCGCGCGAUGCAGCGACUGCGUGGAGGCGUACCGGCGCUACGACCAGCACGCGCAGGAGAAGUACGACGACUUCGAGCUCCUCACGCUGAAAUACGAGCCGGGGGAAUAUUCAGUGAGGACGUGCAUGGAGCAGUGCAAGGUGGCCUACAAGCCCUGGCUCUGUGCUCAGUAUUUCCCCACCAUCCAGCAGUCGUGUCCGAGGAAGAUACCGUGCCACCAGUACUGCCUGGAGGUCCAGCAGAGCUGUCCGUUCAUCCUGCCCGACAACGACGACCUGAUCCACGGUGGAAACCCCAGCUUCAUCUGCACAGGGCUCUUGGGAGAUCACACAUCAGACAAUGAGGCGGAGUGCUGCGACGUCCGAUGGGACUCCAAAAUGGACAGCCCUUCAGGCGGCACACUUAAAAGGACUCCUUCUUCCUGCCAACCCGAGGGGGCAUCGGUCACUUCAGCCGCCACCACGAGACUGUGCAGCGGGCGACUGAAGAUCUGCCUGCUGGCCCUUGUUCUCCUACACACUGUCAUCAUCAUUUCAGCCUCCCAUAAUUCUACGUUGUUGGACGUGGCUGCCAUUUUCUCGCCAGAGGAGGGUGCGUCGACCGAGGAGUGAACCGCGGCUUUUGGAAUCGAGACCGGAGCUUAUAAGAAAUGGCGUCACCAGAGCAGGAUUCAGCCUGGCUGGGACACAUCUGGCGAGACGUGCUGGAGAUGUCACUGCAAUCUGCUGCCAACGAACCAUCCGUCACAGAAAGUGGGAGGGUUUUGAACUGGAGCUAAGGGUGCUGGGACUAAACAUCGGCCCAGCCAAGAUGUUUUCGGACCCUCCCCUAAAAGAAUUGACUUCUUGCCACUUGAA